UUCAGGUUGGAAAUGGUCCAGAAAAACAUUCGAUGAAGUAAGAACCUCUAGACAGGCGGGCGUUGAGAUCUUAAACUUUGUUUUCUUCCCAGGAAAUACUUUUCUUUCUGACUUCGUUAUUCAUUCCCGACCGUGAUGAAUUCCAGAGGAACUGAAUUUGUGAUUGGCAUUGAUUGCUGAUCGUUUAAUUUGACGUGGAAUCCUUCAUCAUUUGUUUAUAUGUGCUUCUUGGCUAAUUUUGGAUUUGUUCAGUGAAUGAAAAGAUUAAGUGUUUGCUGGCGCCUAAAGACGGACGUAAACAGUUCCUUGAACGAAACAGAAGGAUUUCGGAUGCGACUUGUUCUCGGAAUUCGUGAUCAGCAUAUUAAUAGUGUAGAUGAUUUUCAAAUCAGGCUUGCGUGGAAUAUGAGUUAAUUCUGCAGUUUGAAGAAUCUAAUCAUUCUAUUGUAAAGCCUCUUCGUAUCUAUUUUUAGCAAGCAUUAGAAAACAUGGGGAAAUUUCAAAUAAACAAGAAAUUACUUCCAGUUAAGGCCCAUUUCUUUAUAUGCAAUGGUGCUUUGGCAGGAGUGAUUGCUUUCCUGUCAGUGUAUGCCCAGCAAUUAGGAAUCACAGCAGAUGCCAUAGGAAUAAUCUUCGCUGCCAUGUCCUCUCUGACCGUCGUCUCCAGGCCACUGCUUGGCGGUCUGGCAGACCACUUCGGAAAACUGAAACUGGUGCUUGUGUGUCUCGUCCUCAUGAAUAUCUCUGCAGACUUAGGAAUAAAUUUCAUUCCAGAAGCAACUUCAACAAUCACAAAUAAUUCUUUGAUUUGCUAUCAAAAUAAUUCCUACAUUCUUCAAUUUGAUGUAGAUAGUUGUAGAAGAAAUACAUCCCUUUGUAAUAAUCUCUGUGUCUCGAAAUGCUAUCGCUGUGAUUCUAAUAAUUCAACUUGCGAUGAUACCGCAUUCUCAGAAACUCUAAUAGAUGAGCAUUUAUGGGAUGCAGAAUAUUCCAAUGGUAUAUCUGACUGCAUUGAUCAAAUAAAAGAGUGUUAUAAUACUACGAUAGGUAGGUGCGAAGAAUUGAAAGAUUCAAAUGAAGGUGGAAAGACACCUGAGAAUCCUCUUCUGCAGCUGUGUGCUAUUAGUAUUUUGGCAUUUGUUAUGUAUAUCUGCAUGGGAUCCCUUGCGUCCCUCUCGGAUGCUGCUUGCUUUAAUGCUCUUGGGGAAAAAACUGAAAUGUAUGGCAAGCAGCGAUUAUGGGGAACGAUCGGUUGGGGCGCCUUUGCUUUGUUAGCUGGAUACUUAAAUCAACUAGUGACUGGUUCAUCAAGUAAAUAUAACUAUUCAGCUGGUUUUUAUAUGUCAGUUGGUCUUUUUGUAAUAGAUUUGCUUGUGAUACCUAAGCUGCAGCUUGCAGAUGCCAGAACUUCAAAAAAUAUUUUUAGAGAUGUCAGUAGUCUUAUAAUUAAACCCAGAAUUAUACUCUUCAUGUGUCUAGCUUUCUUCACAGGACUUUACAGAGGCAUCGCCAGUUAUUAUAUAUUUUUAUACUUGAGAGAUCUCCAUGCAAGUCAGUUCGUUUUAGGAUGCGCUUCAGCAGUUUUGUGUUUUCUUGGUGAAUUACCAUUCUUCUUUUUAUCUGGAUGGAUCAUUUUAAAAAUUGGACACAUGAACACUUUCAUAGUGUCUUUUGCAGCUUAUGGGGUAAGAUUCUUCAGUUAUUCUUAUAUAGUAAAUCCAUGGUGGUGUCUUCUUAUUGAAGCUUUGCAAGGGCCUUGCCACGGCAGUUUGUAUGCCGCGAUGGCAGCUUAUGCUAAAAUAAUCGCGCCUGAAGGAACAGAAGCAACUAUACAAGGUUUGGCCAGCGGAGUGUAUGAAGGAUUAGGUGUUGCAGCCGGAUGUCUGCUUGGUGGCUAUGGAUUCCGGAUCUUAGGUGGACGAGAAACCUUCUUUUGGGUUGGAGUGAUGGCCUUUGUUCUUGCCUUCAUCAACUGUGUCUUGAACGGUGCCGAAAUGUUGCUUCGAAGAACGGCAAGCGAACAAAACCUUUUGCGUAAAGAAGUCAUAAAUACACAGAAAUAGAGUUUACUAUUUAAAAAGUUCGCAGACUUUAUAUUAAAAUGCGAGAAGUAUUUUGUCUGGUAUUAGGAUUCAUUUUUGUAACAGAAUUCUUCUCAUCUUUAUGAAUCCUCUUAUUUUUUUAAUAUUAAAUUAUUCUGACUUUUUAUUAAAUUGCUUUAUAUUUAUUUGUUAGAACUGUAAAUAAAA